AUGGCCGGAUUAUACCAUCUUACGAGGCUGAACGAUAGAUGGUUCUGGUUAGAUGAGCCCCUUGUCAGUGUCUUCGUCGAGCGGUGGCAUCUGGAAACGCACACCUUCCAUAUGCCGUUCGGAGAGUGCACGAUCACACUUCAGGACAUGGCGUACCAGUUGGGGUUGCCAGUGGACGGGCGUUAUGUCAGUGGUUGCCUUACAGAUUUCCAGAUAUACAUCCAGGGUGGCCGUCCAGCUUGGGUGUGGUUCCAGGAGUUGCUUGGAGUGAUUCCUCCUCCGAGCCAGGUUCAGAAGUUCGCAGUAAAUUGUACCUGGUUCCAAAAGACUUUUGGAGAGUGCCCCGAGGGAGCCGAUGAGGAGACUGUGCGGCGUUUUGCUCCUAGGCUUGAGGAGAUGGGUACCUACAGCUGGGGGUCUGCAGCAUUGGCAUGGUUGAAUCGGUGCAUGUGCCGAGUGGUGAACAGACAUGUGGUGAAGUUAGCGGGCCCACUUCAGCUACUUCAGUCUUGGAUCUUUUGGCGCUUUCCUAGGUUUAGGCCUGUCAGGUGGUCAGGUUACAACCCUUCCGGUAGCGAUAAGGGACCUAGAGUGCAGAUGUGGAGACUGAGGAUAGACAUGUUACAGGACAGGGAUUUUAUCUGGAUGCCGUAUAGCUUCCAUGAGGUACUGCAGGUUGUGCAUCCGGAGGUGUUGGAGCCUCGGCAUACGGCGAUGUGGCAGUCUGUGACGUCACUGAUAUACUUUGUCGUUAUAGAGUGGCAUCAGAUAGAUAGGAUUCUACCGUAG